GCGAGAGCCACCUGCCAUCCUCCUUGAACUUGCUCCCUUCCAGCUGUGCAGAUGAGCCGCGCGCCGAUCUCAACGUUUUCUCCUCCCUCUCUCUUCCCCAUCUUCUGGCAAUCCUCUCACUACCCUCGCCUCUCCUUCUGCUUGGAGCCGCUGACAGUACCCAUCGUUGAUCCGGACCGUUCGAGCCUGUGGCGUGCAAAAUUCGUUGAGCUCUCGUUCGGCCUACUACGAGUGGAUCUGAACCAGACGUGGGAAGGCGAUCAGAGGCCCGCAUCAGAGACCGUGGAGCUGCUCAUCAUUCAGGCGUGGAGGACCAGCGUGGCUGGAGACCUUCUGGGAUCCGUCUUUGGAGCAGUGGAUUGGGGAAACCUAUCACAGAUCGUGCGCGAACUUACAAUCGUGAUUGCGCGACUGGCCGAUGAACUCCCCCUUGAUAUCGUCUCUCAGAGCGACAAAGAGCCCGUGCCGCAUACCCUCUCAAGGACUCUCGCCCCGAGACUCCAGUGGUUGGCUUGUAUCGAGGAACGCUGGGCGGACGGCCGUUUUCCCUCUUGCAGCGAGUACCUGGACGUCCACAGCCUAACUAAUCCCCGCUUCUUUCGGCAACCAACGGCGUCCGAGUGGGCGGCGCUGAGAGCAGAAGAGGAGGCAGAAGAGGAAUCGGAAGGAGAAUUGAGGAGAGAGGCCGGGGAAACGGCGGCCCGGUUGGCUGAGGACGAGGAAGAAGAAUGUGAAGCAGAAGAAGAGUCGGCGGAACCUGAAGAAAAAGAAGAAGAAGUAGAGGAGGAGACUUCGGAGGAAGAGGAGGAAGCCUAUAGCGAGCACAGUGAGGGCGAGCAAAGUGAGGAGGAGGUUGAAGACGAUGACGAAGAAGUGGAAAGCGGAGAUGACCAGGAGCCAACGCAUGACGACAAGCUCGAGUGGGUGGCAGGACCAGAUCGACGAGAGGAGAACCCUGAGGCUGCUGCGCAGCGCAAGAAAAAGGUCGCAGAGGGAAAUCGGCUGGCGAUCGAUCCCGCACCGAACGAUCCUUCCAAGGAUCUCGAGCCGCCCAAGCCGGAACAUGGAGACCUUGCCGCCACGACCUCGAGCGCCAUGAGGACAAGGGGCCGACCCCGAUCCCGAUCCCCAUCCCCCUCUGCCUCCGCCUGUCCCCCAAUUCGCCAACGUGUCAAUGAGCGGCUUAGCCCUUCGUCCCCGAUCCAUACACCACCGUCCCCUUAGCCAUCUCUCCUUCAAUCAGUAUUUCCAUCGCGUCG